AUGACCGGUCAUCGGCCAUACACGUUUGAGAACCGGACUGAUUCUUGCUACCGUUUCGAUAGCCCACUUUCACGGUGGGAUCUAGAACUCGGCUGCGAUGAGAAGGGGCCACUAGAAUCCGCACGAGACAGACAAGGCAACAGAAUUAGAAUGUCGACUCGGCUACGGUAA